AUGGCAUCCAAUCAGUCACACACCGCGUCUGCCAAAGUUGCAUUUUCUACACCCGAAGCGGCGAUUCUGGAAAUCCUGCUACCGGGUUAUACUUUUAUUUCCGGCUUACUCCUGUCCUACCUACACAUUGACUUAGCGGCUUAUUUGCAGUACAUUGUCCUGUUGGCGGUGGUGGUUGUCGCAAGCCAGUAUCUAUGGCGAUAUGUAUCAAACUGGUUCGAGAAAUACCUGGUCUCCACGGCUGAACUGCGUCUGGAUGAUGAGAUCUUUAAUUACCUCAUGUACUGGUGGUCGCGACAGCCCCGUAUAAAACGGACAACCCGUUUCUUGGCCGGUGUUCGAUUCAACAGCUACUGGAGCGUGCAUGAGGACUCUGACGACGAAGACAAGAUGUCGGAUGAUGAGCAGGACUCAACCUGCACAGAGUCUUUCGAUGAAUACUGGAAACAAAUCAUCAACCGAGACAAGUACAAGCGGCUUCGCUUCACACCGUCCCAGGGUCGUCACUACUUUUGGUAUCAAGGGCGAUUGCUUAUAUUGGACCGCCGAUACGAGCAGACGCAAUCUCGCUGGCUGCUCAAUAACGAGAAGCUGUACCUGUCAUGUCUGGGUCGUGAUCCAUCAGUCAUCCAUCAGCUUCUCGCGGAAGCUCAAAGAACGUACGUCGAGCGCGAUGGCAGUCGAACGAUCAUCUAUCGUGGUCAGCGAUGUCCUUCGUCUUCAACGUUUGACUGGAAUCGCUGCAUGUCUCGACUACCGCGCCCGCUGGACACGGUCAUUCUGGACGAGACUCAGAAGCGGGCUUUUCUGAACGAUAUCGAAGAGUACCUCAAGAGAGGCACAGCUGCGUGGUAUGCAGAGCACGGCAUUCCAUACCGUCGUGGAUACCUUCUCUCCGGCCCCCCGGGAACUGGAAAGUCCAGUCUCUGCUUCGCCGUUGCAGGCAGACUCGGUCUCAAGAUUUACCUUCUCAGCUUGAGCUCGCGAACCUUGGACGAAGACAACCUGUGGUCACUUUUCUCUGCCCUGCCCCGAAGAUGCAUUCUUCUCGUCGAGGACGUGGAUGCCUCGGACAUCACACAUAGUCGUGGACGAUCUAUGACCAAGUCCCUCGAUCAUACAGGCACUGACGACCCUGACGACGCACGUACGCCCCCGACGCAAACACAUAAUAACAUGCCGCCUACCGGAGCACCCGCUGGACAUCAUGGUGGAGGUAAGCCGACGGACAAGACCGCGAGUGAAGGAAUCACAUUGUCCAGCUUACUCAACGUCCUCGACGGCGUGGCUGCGAGUGAGGGCCGUAUCCUCGUGAUGACAACCAACCAUCCGGAGAAACUCGAUGAAGCUCUUCUACGCGCCGGCCGCAUCGAUAUGCACAUACAAUUCAGACUAGCCAUGUCCGAAGACAUCCAGCAACUCUACAAGUCAAUAUACUCGAUCUCAAAGAGUGAUCGACCCCACAAGGUGACCCGACGUCAAAACGGACGCAUCAAUCCCACACAGUCCCAAACAGAGGCAAGAAACCUUUCACAUAAAUCAAACGCGAAAUCGAUGAUCCCAGAAUCUGAAGAGACUCAAGAUCUCAACAGUCAGGCGCGUAUUGAACGGCUCGAAUCCCGCAUCGCAUCGCUCGCUGAGGAUUUCGCGUCGUUGGUGCCUAGUGGAGUGUUUUCCCCUGCAGAAAUCCAGGGCUAUCUCUUGAAACACAAGGACCGCCCCGAGAGAGCGAUUGAGCAAGUCAAGGACUGGGUGACCGAGGAAAGAAAGAAGAAGAAUGCCCUAUUGGCAGCCAAACUUGAAGCCCAAGGAAUUGUGAAAAGUUGA